UGCAGAGUUUGUGUGUGUAUCUCAUUCUAUCCAUUUUCAGCCGUUUGAUCGUCAUUCUAUCCGGUAAUCCGUUAUUUCUCUCCUCCGGCGUUGAUCUCCUUCUUCGUCAUACACUGUUUUCCUCUUCGCCAAACACCCUAAAGAAUUUUUAUUGUAUCAGUUUCUCACCAUGGUUUCUGAUUUCGCCUCCAAUGUUUCUCUGCCUUGCCCUUCUAAGAAGAAGAGAACAAAUAGAUUGGCGAAAUUGAAGCAGUAUAAGCUCGAUGUUAGGCGUGAACAAUGGCUGUCUCAAGUAAAGAACAAAGACUGCAAAGUGGAUUUGAAUGGGUGUGCUGGGUCUCCUCCAUUUUCCACAAAGAGAGCUGAUGAACAGAACAAAUCAUUGCGCAAUUUGGAAACAAAUUUGAGGGAAGAGGAAAGUGAAGAUGCACUGAGCAUUCAUGAAAGUGAUUUGGAGUCCUUGAUGAACUGCCCCAUUCAAAGCAAUCUGGGAAAUAAUGACACGAAAGAAGCUAUUAGUGUACAUAGCUGCAGUGGCAGUAGCACUGGUUCUUGUUCUGGAAGUGUCAGUGAGGAAGAGAAGGAUGGGUGCCUAGACAAUUGGGAGGAUGUUGCAGAUGCCUUGAGUGCAGAUGACAGUCAACAUAACUCACCCAUGAAUUCUCCUGCUAAAUCUGAAACAAUGGUUGAAUGUGCUAGUGCUGACCAACAGUUCAAGGACAAAAGAAUAGAUCAGUCGAAUUCAGAGAGUAGGCAAACAGUUUAUGGUUCCCACACGAAUUGUCGAGCAUGGAGGCCUGAUGAUGUUUUGCGUCCUCAAAGUCUGCCAAGCCUUUCUAAACAGCAUGACAUUUCUUUGAAUUCGAAUUGGCAUAGUGGCCAUGGGGCUAUCACCUGGAAACAGAGGAGCACUAUGUAUCACCCUUCUUCAUGCCCUAUCUGCUAUGAGGACUUGGAUGCCACAGAUUCUAGUUUUCUCCCUUGUUCAUGCGGAUUUCUGCUUUGCCUCUUCUGUCACAAAAGGAUUCUUGAAGUGGAUGGGCGGUGUCCUGGAUGUAGGAAACAUUAUGAUAGCAUUAAUAGAAAUAUAUGUUUCAAUAGAUGAGCUGUGCUUUUCAACUAGCUUGUUCUUGUAGAAUGAGUCCUAGAGCAUAGGAGGAAAGUUUCUUUGUUUUUCCUCCUAAUAAAAUGCAUGUCUUAUAUCUCUCCGUAUAUUAAUAAUGUCUAGAAACAGUUUGCUGAAGUGACCUAAUGCUGAAUUAAGCCAAGGGUUAGUUUCAUUUAUUUGCAUAAUGUUUUACACGCUUUACUCUUAAGAAAUAUAUGUCAAUAUCUGUAUCCAAGUACUGUGGUUGGCGAUUUUAAUUUAGUGGUAACUUUUGCUUUCA